AUGGAGUUCGUUAUUCAAGACAAAGAGGGUUCUAAAAUACAUGCUUCAAUUAGACGUACUCUAAUUUACAAAUUUCAGAAUGAGAUUUCUGAAGGCCAUGUUUAUGCCAUACAAAAUUUCAGUGUUGCUCCGAAUUCUGGAAUAUACAGAACAACACACCACCCUUAUAAGAUAAAUUUCCAGUUUGGUACAAAAGUUUCUUUGCUUAAUGUUAAUUUGGUUCCUGAUAUGAAACCACAAUACACACCUUUGUCCUUAUUGGCAACCACUGCAUUUGAUACUGAUUAUUUAGUUGAUAUUUUGGGAUUACUGGUCGAAGUGGGGACUGAAAGAGAAUUGCAAGUUGAUGGAAAGACAACAAAAUUAAAUGUCAUAGCAAUAGAACCUGAUGGGUUUCGAAUAGAGUGUACUUUGUUUGGUAUUUAUGUGGAUUAA